AUUUAAAAUUAAUUAUAUAUAAUUAGGAAUUAACAUAUUACAAAAGAAUUCAAAUAAUUGAGCCAUAACAAUGAAACUAGACUUAAAAGGGAACUACAUACGGUCACACUUAGUUAAAUCAAAUUAAUGACAUUUUCGUUAAGAUAGUGUACGAUGUCUCAUUUUUAUCGCUUGAUGAAUUAAAUAUUAUCAGUAAUAUGUUACUAUCGAGAUUUAAUUUUUAAUUUUUUGCAAUAAUAAUAAUAUUAAAUUUUUUCAGCUUAAAUUACAAAAAUUAUUUUUCGAUAAACAUUGGACGCAUUUCGCCGAAAGAAAUUAGAAUUGUGUGUUAACAAAAAGUAAAUAAAAUAUUGUUUUAUGAUUCUAACAUUUAAAAAUGGCUUUCUAAUUGUAAAUUGAAGUAAAAGGUUGUGUUAACUCUAAAAUUUAAACUGAACUUGCUGUACCCAAAUAUAUGCACAACUUCGUUAACGAAUUAAUUGGAGAGUACAUUUAUGUGUCAAAUAUUCUAAGUUUAUAGGAGUGUGAUUUUUAAUACUUGAGAGGUUUCAACAAAGGAUAUCAUGCACGUGAGAGGACACUAUAACAUUACUAUAGAUGUUGUGCCUUUCUGCAUCAAAAAGUUGGUGAAAAAGGAAAGAACCCUCCCCUCUCUCUCUCUCUCUCUCUCUCUCCUUCUCUCUCUCUUUCUCUCCUCUCCCUCUCUCUCUCUCUCUCUCUCAAAAAAAGUUGAAGAAGACAAUAAAAUGAUUGAAGCCUUUAUAAUCUAGCAAGAGUCAAUAGUAUUGGGGCACUCAAAUUAAUCUCUGGUAUAAAGAUGAAAGCAACACCUCAAAUAUUAGGAAAUUGAGAGAGAGAGAGAAUGACUAUGGAAGCACUUUCUUCAAGUGAGCUCUUGAAUUUCAUCAUGUAUGACACAAACGUCUCCGCCCCAUUGAGCUGCAACAACAAUGACUCCUCCGAAGCCAGCCCUCGCGAGAUUGGGAGCUGCUCCUCCAGGCCGCGGCCGACCCACCCGCCGCCGCCGCCCGAAACGGCCAGCGUAGCGCUGCAGGGCCGCAAGAAGCGGCGGCGGAGGCCCAAGGUGUGCAAGAACAAAGAGGAAGCCGAGACUCAGAGAAUGACUCACAUUGCCGUCGAAAGAAACCGCCGAAAGCAAAUGAAUGAGCAUCUCGCUGUCUUGCGCUCUCUCAUGCCGGACUCUUAUGUUCAACGAGGUGACCAAGCCUCAAUUGUUGGUGGUGCAAUAGAAUUUGUGAAGGAGCUAGAGCACAUUCUGCAGUCACUAGAAGCCAAGAAAUUUGCAUUAUUGGAGCAUGGCAAUGUGACAAACAAGGAGCAUCAUGAUGAUGAAGAAAUUAGAAAUGAUGAUAGGAAUUUAGGCAGCCCAUUUGCUCAAUUCUUUGCAUACCCACAAUUCAGUUGCUCCCACAGCCAAGUUAGUAACAAAUACACAUCUCAGAGCAAGGCAGCCAUUGCUGACAUCGAAGUUACCCUAAUCGAAACCCACGCUAACAUCCGAGUGCUGUCGCGGCGGAGGGUGCGGCAGCUCUCGAAGAUGGUGGCCUCGUUCCAGUCCAUCUUCCUGGCCAUCCUCCACCUCAAUGUGACCACGCUCGACACCCUCGUGCUCUACUCCAUCAGCGCUAAGGUGGAAGAAGGUUGCCAACUCAAUUCAGCAGACGACAUAGCCGGAGCAGUUCACCACAUGCUCAGAAUAAUUGAGGAGGAAGCCAUCCUAGGUUGUCACACCUAGGGUUAUAUAUAGUUCGUCUAUAUAUCAUCAGUAAAAGUUAUUGAACUUCGUCACCUCGAUUGUGUUUAAUUUAGGAUUUAAUUGCAAAAUAAUUCUCCACUUUGCUCAUUUUAGCAAUUUAAUUAUUUUCUUUUAGUUUUU